AUGGCCAAGUCUGCCAGGGCCUCCGUGGUCAAGAAGAAUCACCGCAAUCUCCGGGCCAAGGUGUAUGGCCCUGCGUCUGAUGCUCGCACUGCCAGAUUAUCUGCAAAACUCCAGGAGUUGGCAGCCAAACCAAAACCAGAGUCUGAGAAGGCCAUGGACGUGGAUGACAAUUCUGAACAGGCUGCAGGAGACGAGCCUCGCAACAACAACCAAGAAGUAAUGGAUGUCGAUGCACAAGGGACGGACAUGAAGCUGGUCAAGUCAUCCACGGCUCGACAUCAAAGCAACCGCAAAAUCCACAAAGUCUCCAAGAAGAAGAAACCCAAGAACUCCGUCGUGUUCGCCUCAGAAAUCGCCAGGAAAAACAAAAUGGCAAGAAAAAAGACCAAACGAUGA